AUGCCUAAUCAACGUCCAGAAACACCCAUGCUACUUCGAAUGUUUCAUCCUACUUCUGGUCGUCAGGGUUUCAAUGAAGUAACGAACCAAAUGGCUUUUCCAUCGCAAAGUUCUAUUGAUCCAAGACUUGCAAUGCCGAUUAAUACGCAAACACAACAAGCUAUCGAUGCUUCUGCUAUACCUCAUGGUGUCACAGGUCAAGGUUUUAUGAAUUAUUAUUAUCCUUCAUCAUACAACUAUGGUAUUCCACAAUCAUAUCAAUUCUUUCCAAGAAGAUAA